AUGACGUCUCCCCUGUGCAGGCUGGCCUCCACCAACCCCCCGGCUACUCAAGACCAGGUUUCGACGCCAUCUUCCAAGGUCAAGGGCAUGAAGGCUCUGGUCAAGCCCGGCCGCCCCCGAGGCAAGAGCGCAACACAGGCCUGGCCCCCACACCGUUCCAAGGCGGGACCCUUCCACAGCGGUGUAGGGAAGCCGACUGUGCAUUCUCAGGUGGUUGAGUUACACAGAAAGAUCCAACUGUUAGAGGGUGACCGGAAGGCCUUUUAUGAGCGCUCCCAGGGUACCAUCAAGAAGAACCAGGAGACCAUCAGCCAACUCCGAAAGGAAACUAAGGCUCUGGAAUUACAGCUGUCAGACCUGCUCAAGGGAGAGGAGAAGGUGGUCCAGGCAGUGAUUCAGGAAUGGAAGGCAGAGAAGCCAUACCUGAAGACCAGGACAGGCCAGCAGGCCCUAGAGCACCUGGACCACCGGCUGAGCGAGAAGGUGAAGCAGCUGAACGCGCUGCGGCACGAGGUGGUGUUGCGGCAGGGCCGGCUGGACGAGCUCCGGCAGCAGCACAGCCUGCGCUGCCUGGAGAUGGCCGAGGCGCAGGACAGCAACACUGAGGUGGCCAAGACAAUGCGGAACCUGGAGAACCGACUGGAGAAGGCCCGGAUGAAGGCGGAGGAGGCGGAAUACAUCACCAGUGUGUACCUGCAGCUCAGGGCCUACCUACAGGAGGAGAGCCUUAACUUGGAGAACCGGCUAGACUCCAUGGAGGCCGAGGUGGUGAGGAUCAAACACGAGCUGGAGGAACUGCACGUGGUGAACCGAGAGGCCCUCAACGCCCGGGACAUUGCCAAGAACCAGCUACAGUAUCUGGAGGAGACCUUGGUGCGAGAGCGCAAGAAACGUGAACGCUACAUAAGCGAGUGCAAGAAGCGCGCGGAGGAGAAGAAACUGGAGAACGAGCGCAUGGACAAGCAGACCCAGCGCGAGCACCUGAUGCUGCAGUCGGAUGACUCGACCCAGGACGGCCAGCACGCCAAGGAGGAGGAGCUGCGGCGGCGCUGGAGCAUGUACCAGAUGGAGGUGUUCUUCGGCAAAGUCAAGGACGCCACCGGCGCAGUCGAGUCGCAU